AUGGUUGUUAUGGAGGAAGAAAUCAACAAGUUCAUCAUGGUAUGGUCAUCAUUUAUUGCAUCAACAUGUUAUUGCUAUGCAGUAUCUAAAUUGGUUUCUCAAGCUGCAAUCAGAUUAUUGAUGUUCUUACCUGUACUGUAUCUUUUCUUUCUCCUUCCUCUCACCAUUAAAUCCAUCAAUCUGGUUGUCAUCACUGGCUUCUCCAUGACAUGGCUGGCCACAUUCAAGCUUCUCCUUCUGGUUUUCCACACAGGCCCACUGUCAAACCCAUCUCUUUCUUUGUUCCAUUUUGUGCUGAUUUCUUGUUUACCUCUCGGCUUGCGGCAACCCUCUGCAACAACAAAAACUUCUGUCAACAACAUAAAGGGUCUAGAGAUCAAUCAUUUUGGAAUUCAUAAUAUAAAUGAGGUUGUUCUAACAUGCUUUCCAUACUUUGUGAGAAGGAGCUUGAUCAUGAUUAUGCUCGUGGCCUUGGGUUUUCACAAGCACAUCUUUCCUCGAGAUGUGUUCUUAAUCAUUAUAUGCAUCUACCUUUACUUGAGCAUGGAAGUAAUACUCACUGCAGUCGCCAUCGUCGGGCAAAUCCUACUAGGUAAUGAGGCCAAGGUUGAGCUACCUUUCAACAAACCUUACCUGUCCACCUCACUGCAGGACUUCUGGAGCUACAGAUGGAACCGUGUAGGCUCAAGUAUUCUACAAUCCACCAUAUUUGAUCCCAUCCUGCAUCACACAUUACCCGUCCUGGGCAGAAAAUGGGCUGCCUUACUUGCGUUGCUGGCUACCUUUCUGGUGUCUGAGUUGAUGCAUGAGAUCGUGUUCUCCUAUGUGGGCCGAGUGAGGUUCAGAUGGGGCACCCCACUGUUCUUCCUGGUUCAGGUGGUUUGUGUUGUAAUUGAGAACAUGUUAAAGAGGAGAGUCAAGGGAAGGUGGGAAGUGCCACAAGUAUAUGCAGGGCCAUUGAUUUUUGGGUUUCAGAUAUGCACAUUUAUGUGGCUGGUUUUGUCAGAAUUGCUGGAGUACAAGCUAGAUGACAGGGUGCUUCAAGAGUAUGCAGAUGUGUGUGAAAUUCUUAAGAAUCUGGUGUUGACUUGGAGCAAAAUGAGCUAUGACUUGUUAGUGCAGCCCAGCAUCCUAAAACAAGUAUGA